AUGAAUGCGGAUGUGGGACAUUCGGUCCUUUCGACACUGCAACGACUGAAGCCUUGCGCGGCCCGUCUAUUCCAGCCACGAAGGCCCAUACUUUCCUCGCCAUUGUUCCGAACACACUCGCCCAGCGCGACCGGUCGUGAAGUCCGCAAGACGCUCGCUGUACGCACGAUGACAACCUUCCAGGACAAGACGUCAUCAGACGAUUCUGGCGUCGAGCAGUUAUUUCGCUAUACCAGUGGAAGAUGGCUUUGGGAUGAGGAACAGCAGCUCCGAGACAGGUAUAAGGUUUUCAACGUUUCUCAGCUUCAGACCUUAGCAGCUCAAGCCAUAGGUUCGGAUGGCUGUGACUCGAUUACAAAACUGGCUGAGGGAGGGUUCAACAAGGUUUUCCGCCUAAGGAUGAAUGAUGGGAAAACGAUAUUGGCACGUAUCCCCAAUCCAAACGCUGGUCCCGCCUUCUAUACGACUGCCUCUGAGGUUGCGACCAUGGAGUUCGCUCGAGAUAUCCUCCAGAUUCCGGUUCCUCGAAUAGUAGGGUGGAGUGCUACCUCCAAUAACCCGGUGGGAUCAGAAUACAUUCUCAUGGAAGAAGCGACCGGAACGCAGUUAGCGACCAAGUGGGAUGAAUUGAAUCCAGACGCGAAGCUUGCCAUCAUGAGGGAGGUCGUGGCCAUCGAGACAAAGAUGCUGUCAGUAGCAUUUUCACACUACGGAAGCAUAUACUUCGCGAGCGACGCGGUAGAUAGGGCGGUGCCGGCUCAUAUCACAAGCGUGGUCCCUCCUGAAAUAAAAGAGUAUGUCUCUAAGAAAUUCACUAUUGGCCCUACCGUUGAGAGAGAUUUCUGGAAAAAAGAGCGCUCUAGCAUGGACAUAUCGCGAGGUCCUUGGUCAAGUCCGAAGGAAUACGCGUCGAGUGUUGGCUGGCGCGAGGUGGAAUGGAUAAAGAAGCACGCCAUUCCGAAGCCACCCGAUGAUAUUAUGUUGGUCUCUACGGCCCAAAACAAUCCACGGGCACAUCUCGAUCUGUUGAAGAAAUACCUAAGCAUUGUGCCCUGCCUCAUGGACAUUGAUCCUCUCCUAAAUCGCCCCACUCUAUGGCACGGGGACCUCCAUUCAUCAAAUUUCUUCGUUGAGAACAAUCUUAUUACAGCCGUCAUUGACUGGCAAGGCUCAUGGGUCGGGCCACUUUUUCUUCAAGCACAGCCAUCUCCGCUGGUGGAUUAUCAAGGUAGCAUCCUACUCAACCGUCCAGACAAUUUUGACGAACUCGACCCCGAGCAGCAAGCCCAAAUCAAGCGACAGAUCUUUAAAUCAACUCUCUUCCAGCUUUAUUUGAUGGAAACAGAGAAACGGAACCCUUUACUUGCAAAAGCAUUUCAUCUAGAUCAUGGAAAAACAAGGCGCCUUGCUGUCGAACUGGCCGGAAAUACCUGGGAUGAUGAAAUUGUCUCCUUCCGAGAGUCCCUUAUCAAUGUUGAAAAGCAUUGGAAAGAGCUUAACGGUCAAGGUGAUUGCCCCUAUCACUUCACCGAGGAAGAAUUAAGAGGCCACGCAGUAGACGCAGAGGGUUGGAAUGAAGUUCAAGACUUUUUUGAUAGUAUUGAUGGUCUUGUGAAAAGGGACGGCUGGACCCAUCCGGAGACAUUCGAUACUGCGUUUACUUUCUUUUCCGACCUCCGGAAAUUGGGUCUCAAGCGCAUGAAAGGAGAAGAAAGAGAGGUCUUCGACAGACAGACUAGCUGGGCGAAAAGUCAAAAAUAG